AUGGGGUACGACGGCGGUGCGCGUAAGACGCACGCGCAGUCGAUCGAGCGUCUCGUCCGAAGAGCGUCCCCAAAGGAAAUUAUCCUCGCCUCCGUCGCCGUCGUCGUCAUGCUGUUAAUCGCGAUCAAGAUGCUCUUGACGGAUCACGAUGUGUUAUUUCUCGCCGCGGAGUUCGUGCACUUCGUCGGGAUCGGGUUCUUGGCGUACAAGAUGCUGGUGCACAAGAAUUGCGCGGGACUGAGUCUGAAAUCGCAGCAGCUCACGGCUGGAUUUCUUGGGAUCCGUCUGUACUGCUCGCUCGUCAUGGAGUACGAUUGGCACACGAUUCUAGAUGCGUUGACGUUAGUAGCGACGAUAUGGGUGGUGCGGAUGAUGCAGACGACGGUGAGAGGGACGUAUAACGCGGGAUUAGACUCGACGCCGCUGGCGUACGUGCUCGUGCCGUGCGUGGCGUUGGCCAUCGUGGCGCAUCCGACGACGAAACACUGGUGGAUCAACAGAGUGUUGUGGGCGGCGUGUGUGUUCAUAGAGGCGAUCAGCGUGCUCCCGCAGCUUCAGAUGAUGCAAAAGGCGCGCGUGGUGGAGCGGUUCACGGCGAAUUACGUCUUUGCGCUCGGCGUCGCGCGUUUCCUCUCGUGUGCGCACUGGAUCCUGCAGGUGUUCGAUCAGAAGUCGUAUCUCCAGACGGCCCUGGGACGAGGGAUCUGGCCGUUGAUGGUGAUCGUGAGUGAGAUGGUGCAGACUGGUAUUCUUGCCGAUUUCUGCUACUAUUUUGUCUUGAGCUUGUCGCGAGGGGACUUCAACGUAACGCUUCCCGUCUAG